CAAACACAUCCCAAAGGAACAACUGACUGAACCAUGGCGGCGAGCGCAAAGAAAAUUCUUUCCAAAAUUCGCCAAACAAAUCAAAUCGCAGAGGGAACGUUGUACGUAGUGAACAGAAACCCUAGAAAUCUCGAACGUUUGCGAUUGGCAUACAAAACAGACGGCUAUCAUCUGGAAAGACCCGUUCGAAACUUUUGGCACAGGUUGGAAUUGAAUGCAAGCAACAAAUACGUUACAGCCAAAUUGGUGCAUUUUGAAAACGGUACCGUAGUCGAAUGUAGCACUACGGAAUGGGCUUUAAAGCGCCACCUUUACAAAGGGAAUGACUUUACAGCGUACAGUACGCUGGGUAAAGCCUUCGCAUCACGCUGUCUGGACGCCGGACUUACCGAAAUGCGAUGUGAUCUGAAACCAACAACCAGUAUAAAGGUGGACGCAUUUCUUCGUGCUGUAGAAGAGAGUGGUAUUCGAUUACAAGAACCAGAACGCAUACGUCCAACGUACUCGUGGGAUAUGGAAAGACCAGAAAAACCAUGGGAAGUGACAGAGUAACACAACACAGAAUUACAUGGUGGUUUAGUGAGCUACGGUUUAUUACAUCAAUAAACGAUAAGCUGUUUCAUUGUAAUGUAGUUUUCAAUCCUUACUGCUCGUACUUGUGCUUGAUGUCUUGCCACAAUUUCUGUAAAGAGAAACAAAAAAGGAUCAGUAUGCAUUACAUAAUAAACGCGCCUCGUUGGUAACGAUGCUGCAUUGAGCACUUACCCCUUUGUUAUGGGAUUCGAACACCACAUCGGUAAUCAUAUCGAAGCCGCGCUCGAAGAAAAAUACACAUCCCGCAAUUCCGACCAAGUAUGUGGACGUGCGUUUCAGCAGCACAUUGUUUAGCAGCUUCAUUUUGAUUUGAUUCGACGACCGCAGAAGUUUCUUUUGCACUUGCAAUCACAACACGGGCGAAGAAAAUUGCAAA